AUGGCCGAGAAGCGGAGGGGCUCGCCGUGCAGCAUGCUAAGCCUGAAGGCGCACGCCUUCUCCGUGGAGGCGCUGAUAGGAGCCGAGAAGCAGCAACAGCUUCAGAAGAAGCGACGAAAGCUGGGCGCGGAAGAGGCUGCGGGGGCCGUAGGUGACCGAGGCUGCAGCCGCGGCGGUGGCGCCGGUGAAAAAGGCUCCUCUGAGGGAGACGAAGGCGCUGCACUCCCGCCACCGGCCGGGGCGGUAUCCGGGCCCGCCCGGAGCUGCGCAGACCUGGAACGGAGCUGCGGCUCCCGGGGAGCCGCGGGCGGCUGUGAGGACGGCUUCCUGCAGGGCGCUUCCCCGCUGGCGUCCCCGGGAGGAUCCCCGAAGGGGUCACCGGCGCCGGCCCUGCCACGGCCCGGGACCCCACUGCCCUCGCCGCAGGCCCCGCGGGUGGAUCUGCAGGGAGCAGAGCUCUGGAAUCGCUUUCACGAGAUCGGCACUGAGAUGAUCAUCACCAAAGCGGGCAGGCGCAUGUUUCCAGCAAUGAGAGUGAAGAUCUCAGGACUAGAUCCUCACCAGCAGUAUUACAUUGCCAUGGACAUUGUGCCAGUGGACAACAAAAGAUACAGGUAUGUUUACCACAGUUCUAAAUGGAUGGUGGCAGGUAAUGCUGACUCCCCUGUGCCACCUCGGGUGUACAUUCACCCGGACUCGCCUGCCUCGGGGGAGACUUGGAUGAGACAAGUGAUCAGCUUUGACAAGCUGAAGCUCACCAACAAUGAACUGGAUGACCAAGGCCAUAUUAUUCUUCAUUCUAUGCACAAAUACCAACCACGAGUCCAUGUCAUCCGUAAAGACUGUGGGGAUGAUCUUUCUCCCAUCAAGCCUGUUCCAUCUGGGGAGGGAGUAAAAGCAUUUUCCUUUCCAGAAACUGUCUUCACAACUGUCACUGCCUAUCAGAAUCAGCAGAUUACUCGUCUGAAAAUAGAUAGGAAUCCAUUUGCCAAAGGCUUUCGAGACUCUGGGCGUAACAGAAUGGGUUUGGAAGCCCUUGUGGAGUCAUAUGCAUUCUGGAGACCUUCACUGCGGACUCUCACCUUUGAAGAUAUCCCUGGAAUUCCCAAGCAAGGAAAUACAAGUUCCUCCACAUUGCUCCAAGGCUCUGGGAGUGGUGUCCCUGCCACCCACCCUCAUCUUUUGUCUGGCUCCCCUUGCUCCUCUCCUGCCUUCCAUCUGGGGCCCAACACCAGCCAGCUGUGUAGCCUGGCCCCGGCUGACUACUCCACCUGUGCUCGCUCUGGCCUCACCCUCAACCGAUACAGCACAUCCUUGGCCGAGACCUACAACAGGCUUACCAACCAGACCGGCGAGACCUUUGCUGCGCCCAGGACUCCUUCCUAUGUGGGCGUGAGCAGCAGCACCUCAGUGAACAUGUCCAUGGGCGGCGCUGAUGGGGACACUUUCAGCUGCCCACAGACCAGCUUGUCCAUGCAGAUUUCGGGGAUGUCCCCCCAGCUCCAGUACAUCAUGCCUUCACCCUCCAGCAACGCCUUUGCCGCUAACCAGACCCAUCAGGGUUCCUAUAACACUUUCAGGUUACACAGCCCCUGUGCCUUGUAUGGAUAUAAUUUCUCUACAUCCCCCAAGCUGGCUGCCAGUCCUGAGAAAAUUGUUUCUUCCCAAGGAAGUUUCUUGGGGUCCUCACCGAGUGGGACCAUGACCGAUCGGCAGAUGUUGCCCCCUGUGGAAGGAGUGCACCUGCUUAGCAGUGGGGGUCAGCAGAGUUUCUUUGACUCUAGGACCCUAGGAAGCUUAACUCUGUCAUCAUCUCAAGUGUCUGCACAUAUGGUCUGA